AUGGUGUACAGCAAGAUGAGGGGGUCCUUGGAGGUCAGCACCCGCGUUCGCUGUCGUAGCCUCGAGUUAGCUUCCUUACCUCCGCCCUCGCCAUUCGCCAAUGACACCUCAGUGUCCAGCGUCUGA